AUGACAAGACUCUGGGGGUCCUGCCUGUUCCUGCUUACCCUUGUGGUGGCUCUGGUGGCCAGCACAGACCCAGACAAGAAUAAGGUCAAGGUGGUAAGGGAAUUAAAAGUUAUCGAUGCCUCUAAUUACAACGUGAAGCAGUGUCUGUGGUUUGCCAUGCAAGAGUACAACAAAGAGAGUGAGGAUAAGUACAUCUUCCACGUGGUCAAGAUAGUGCAAGUCCAGCUGCAGGUCACAGACCGUUUGGAAUACUUUAUUGAUGUUGAAAUUGCCCGUAGCAAUUGCAGAAAGCUUUCAAACAGUAAUGAAAACUGUGUCACUCAGGAAAACUCCAAACUGGCAAAGAAACUGACGUGCAGCUUUAUAGUUGGAGCACUCCCCUGGAACGCCGAGUUCACUGUGAUGAAGAUGCAGUGUGAAGACCUCUAG